AUGUUAUGCUCUGGUAUUGGAAAUCUGACUUUGGCACCUAUAAUAGGUGCUAUAAGAGAUAACACUAAUAAUUACCAAUUAGCACUUAACAUGAUCACUGCUAUUUUCGGAGUAAUUGGAAUUACCUAUAUGUGUAAACUAUUAUAUAAAAAUAAUUGCAGUCAGGGACAUCAACAGAAAUCUCCAGUAUUAAAUAAAAAUUUAAAUGUUGCAUGA